AUGAUCCAGUGCCGCAGGCCAUCCUCCGGCCUCUGGAAGAUCGUGGUGUGGGACGAGCCCUUCUUCCAGGGCAAGCGGCACGAGUUCACCACCGACUGCUACAGCACGCCAGAGCGCGGCUUCAGCACCGUGCGCUCCUUCAGGAUCGAGAGUGGGGCCUGGGUGGGCUUCGAGCACUGCGGCUUCCAGGGACAGCAGUUCGUGUUGGAGCGCGGUGAGUAUCCGUGCUGGGAGGCGUGGAGUGGCAGCAACGCCUACCACGUGGACAGGAUGAGCUCCUUCCGCCCCAUCACCUGUGCUGAGCACGGGCGCAGCCAGCUGCUGCUGUUCGAGCAGGAGAACUUCCAGGGCAGGAGGGGGGAGCUGAGCGACGACUGCCCCUCGCUGCCCGAGCUGGGCUGGGGUGGCAGUGCUGUGGGCUCCUUCCUCGUCUGCUCCGGCGCGUGGGUCUGCUCGCAGUACCCCGGGUACCGGGGCUUCCAGUACCUCCUGGAGAGCGACAGCCAUGCUGGCGAGUACAAGCACGUUCGGGAGUGGGGCUCCCAUGCACAGACGGGCCAGGUGCAGUCCAUCCGCAGGGUCCAGCAGUGACUGCCAGCUCCAUACUUGCAGGCACCCCCCAGACUGUGAUGCGACGGUGGCAAAGCUCAAUAAAAGCUCCAUUGUCCAAUGUGGUGUGUUCACACUUGGAGGGGUAUGUGGGCUGAGAGUGGCAGUGUGCUCAGGGGUGCCCAUGUCCCCAACACUGCCAGGGGACUUGAACCAGCACUAUGGCUCCAAGCAGACAGGAAAGGAUACCGUGAUGCCUGAGCCUUGCUCAGAAGGAAUUAGCAGCUGCAAGGUCUGGCAGACCACAGCUGCAUGCUGUGCACCCAUCUCCAUGCCUAUACACUCUCCACCCAUGCACACAUUCCUCCA